AUGGGUUUCCCUAAGAGAAAGAGGGAGGAGGAACAACAUAGAGAUUGGAAAAAUCUUCCUAGAGAUAUCUUGUUCGAGAUUUACCAACGCAUUGACGGUUGUUUGAAGCUUCGAAGGCUUCGUUCCGUUUGCAGUUGUUGGCGCUCUUCUCUAUUACCUCUAACAUCAUCAUCAACUAGUCUUAAAUUCCCUCUUAAACUUCCACCCCCCUCUUUCUUAAAACCAGAAUCAAAAUUAAUCGAGUACAAUGAAGCAUAUCUUUCACAAAGUGAUCUUUUCAUAUUCCCAUCUCCACCGGGACACAAAGGUGGAUGUGGUUGGAUUGUCAGGGUAGAACAACUGGUUGAAUCGAAUAGAUGGCACCUCCAAAACCCUUAUACUACGACACCUGCAUCAUUCGAGCACCCUAGAUUGUUUAAAGGAUCCUUUGAUAUAUUUGAGUGUAAUAUCAAGGAAAUCACUAGGUGUUAUUCACUCGAAUAUAGCACACGUCAUCACAGCGGCAAUAGGCCAAAAGAAGCUAAAGCCGUCGUAUACCGGAAUAAUAAUAAUAAUAAUGAUGAUGAUUUUACCGUUUUGGUGUUGUUUAAGGUCGAAGGAAAGUUGGGUUUGUGGAGGCCAGGAGAGACUUGUUGGAGUGUUAUAACAGAUCCCUUAAUCAAGAAUAACUUUUUCUGUGAUAUUAUCACUUUUUCGGGUAAAUUUUAUGCAACAACAAAACUGGCAGCGAGGUUAAUAAUGAUUGAUCCAACAACUUACGAGGUAAGUGAUUUGAUGAGAGAAAACCAGUUAGAGUUGAAACAUGAUUUCCCAGUUCCGGCUUUAGUCGAAUCAAAUGGACGGUUGUAUCUUGUUAAUACAAAAUCUAAGAAUUAUAUAUUGGAGGCUGGAAGCUGGAAGGUUGUUAAGAACCUAGAUGAUUGUGUGUUUUUCACUACCAACUAUGUCAACUUCUCGGUCACCGCGGAAGAUUUGGGGUGGUCCAAAGGUAACUAUGUGCUUUUACCUUUUUUUAACUACUACGGUAUAUGCGCUCUUCGCUUCCUUACUGUAGAUGUAGAUGAAGAUGAAGAUGAAGAUGAAGAUGAAGAUGUAGAUUUAAUACAAGAAUUAAUAGAUGGCAAGGUGGAACUGGGUAUUGACACUUGGCCCUGGGCACAAUAUUCUGAAAAUUGCUUGUCAUUUUACAGUUUACAAGAUUCUGAUUUUAGUAGGAAACAGCUUCAUCGAUUCACCAACCUUUUUUGGCCUCCGCCUCAUUGGCUUCUGCAACUGCAUUUUAAAUAUUCUCCACAUUCCACCUCUGUGUCUUCUGUAAACACUGCUUCUGUCAAAACCAUACUUCAGCAAUUCUGCUAUUUCUUUAGUUUUUUUUUUUGACAGGGCUAUUUCUUUAGUUAGUAGUACUUCUUCUGCUUCCAAAUAGUUGCAACACUUUAUAUUUUUUCCUAUUCACAUAAUCUACUUUUUUUUUUUUUUUAAUGAUAUGUACUUAAUGAGAAACAUAUUCAUUGGAAUCUUGUUAGAUUCGUAUUAAAAUCAAUAUUUUAUAAUUUUAAUUAAAUAUA